AUGACUGACAUUCCAUUUGGAAAGAAGUUUCGGGAAACCUAUUUUACAACUUUAUCCCACGAUCUAAUUCCAGUUAAUCAUGGAUCUUCAGGGGGAGUUCCAACACCUGUUGCAGAAUCUUACAUGGAGAAGUUCCAAUCCGUGAAUCAGUUUCCUGACAAAUUCUUUAGAAUGGAAAAAGAACAGAUUUAUAUUAAAUCAUUGAAAUGCAUUGGGACAGUACUAAAUUGUGAUUAUCAUGAUUUGGCAAUCUUAGAUAAUGCCACCACAGCAUUGAACACAAUUUUGCGGGGUCUUGUUUUCAAACCAGGGGACGUUUUUGUUUUUCAUAAUACAUGUUUUGGUCCAUGUAAAGAAACAAUGCAAUACAUGAAGGAAGUAUUUGGGAUAAAGUUAGUUGAAAUAGAUUUACAGUAUCCCAUUUUACAAGAGGAAAUAGUUGAUAAAUUUAGAGAUGUGUUCCUCAAAUAUCAGCCAAAGUUAUGCUUAUUUGAUGCUAUAUCUUCUAUGCCAGCAAUGACUUUACCCUACAUCGAGCUAACCAAAUUAUGUAAAGAGUUCAAUGUUUUAUCCUUGAUUGAUGGUUCUCAUUGUAUUGGGACCAUUAAUCCCGAUUUGUCCAUUUUGCAACCGGAUUUUUUCAUUUCGUUGUUGCAUAAAUGGUAUUUUGUUCCACGUCCCUGUUGUAUGAUGUAUGUUAAUCAUAUCCAUCAUGCUAACAUUCAACCAUUUCCAGUAUAUAAAUAUUCUAAUGAGAUGAAUGGAGAUAACACACUAAUCGAUAAAUUUUCCUUUUGGACUACCAGAAACCAUAUUCCUAUAGCAACAAUCCCAGAGGCAUUUAAGUUUAGAAAUUGUGAAUGUAAAGGUGAACAGGCAAUUUAUCAAUACUGUCACAAAUUGGCUGUCGAAGUCGGAAAAAUGUUGGCUGAAAUGUGGGAAACAAGCUAUCUUUCUGAUAAAGAACAAAUUUCUACUAUGAUUAACGUAGAGGUUCCUUUUGGAGAUAUACAUAUUUGGAAGAAAAUCGAAGAACCUGUAAUGAAGGAAUUGGUCAAGAGAAAUGUUUACAUUCCAUUGGUUGUCCAUAACGGUAAAUUGUACGCCAGAUUUUCAGCACAAAUUUAUACGGAAUUAGAGGAUUUCCGAAAAGCAGGUGAUAUAUUGAUUGACACUCUAAUCAAGUUUUAA